AUGGCAACUACCCUGCCCCAAUUCGAAUCGGUCUUCCACCAAGUCAUAUCUGAUCUCCGUCAACAAUGUCAAGAAAACUAUAAACUGCCUACUCAGGUCUGGGAAUGGUUCGAAAAGUCCCUCCUCUACAACACCGUCGGCGGAAAAUGCAACCGCGGCCUCUCAGUCGUCGAUUCCGCGCGUCUUUUACUAGACAGAGACCUCACCCCCGACGAAUACUUCCACGCCGCCCUUCUAGGGUGGAUGAUCGAGCUACUUCAGGCGAUGAUGCUCGUUCUGGAUGAUAUCAUGGAUGCAUCGCAUACUCGCCGCGGGAAGCCGUGCUGGUAUCGCGUGCCGAAGGUGGGUAUGACGGCCGUGAAUGACGCGGCGAUGCUCGAGAGUGCGAUUUAUGUGCUGUUGAAGAAGUAUUUCAAGGGGAGGCCGGCAUAUAUGGAAAUAACCGAGCUCUUCCACGAAGUCGCGCUCAAGAUCGAGCUGGGCCAAUCCUACGACAUGCUCAUCGGACCGACCGAUCAUAUCGAUUUCACCAAUUUCACUAUGGAGAAAUACACCGAGAUCGCAGUCUACAAGACGGCAUAUUAUAGUUUCUAUCUGCCUGUUGCGUUGGCGUUGUUGGAUACGGGGAAGGCGACGCCGUGGAAUCUACAGCAGGCGGAGGAGAUUUUGAUCCCGAUGGGAGAGUAUUUUCAGGUGCAGGAUGAUUUUCUGGAUGCGUUCGCGGAUCCGAAGGUGUUGGGGAAAAUUGGGACGGAUAUUCGGGAUAAUAAGUGUUCGUGGUUGGUGAUUCAGGCGUUGGGGAGGUGUGAUGCGGGGCAGAGAAGGGUGUUGGAGGAGAAUUAUGGGAGGGGGGAGGAUGAGUGUGAGCGGGUGGUGAAGGGGCUGUAUGUCGAGUUGGGGUUGGAGGGGGUGUACAGGGAGUUUGAGGAGGUGAGGGUGGCGGAGUUGAGGGGGAUGAUUGAGAGGGCGGAUGAGAGUGAGGGGUUGAAGAGGAGUGUGUUUGAGGAGUUGUUGAGGAAGAUUCAUAAGAGGAAGAAAUAG